AACGCGUUGAAAGUCCGAAACCUUGUACUGCCUCGUGCCCCGAAAAAUCCUGCAGAAAAGAUGCCGCCAUAUUUGACGUCAAUAAUAAUCUGAUUGAAUUCACGACCUAUGGCGAAUGGUUUGAUGGAUGUGGCCGCACAAAUUUAUUUUACACCAAAAAUAAGUUGAACUGGACAAGUGGCCGAGAUCAGUGCUGCGCUCUCGGUUUGAUCAUGACGUCGAUGGAAUCGGCGGGAAAACUGAGCUGCUUUUCCAAAACCGUCGCUAAAUUCGCGCCAUUAACCUACGGGGACUUCUGGCUGUCAGGAACGGACCUGGGCUAUUCUUCCAGUUUCAGGUGGUGCUCCCUAGACCGUGAUUUCAUCAACUCUGAACUCAGUUGGAAGGCGGGACACCCUGUGAAAGGCUUAAAUUGCGUUUAUCUCGAGUCAAGAAACGGAUCCGUGCUGCUGGCCACCGCCGACUGCGCCGAGGAGAAAAAUUUGCUUUGUGAUUUGCGGAAAAAGGCGGCCUCCUCGCAAAUCGCUAUGCAAAACGAGUGUGCCGAUAUUUGGAACAUCCCCAGCGACCAAAUUGACUUUUUACUGAACACUACUGCCUUUGGUUCAGCGACCAUUUCACAAAACUUGAAGUGUUUUUUGAAAUGCAUCGGCUUUGACAUGGGAAUGGUAAAAUUUAAAUAA